AUGGGUUCGAGUUCACUCAAGGAUGCGACAAAAUCGCUGCAAGUUCACUUUUCCGGGCCGAAGACGCCGCUAUUCUUACCCGUUGAGAGCCGGCGCAUGCUACAGGCCUUCAUCGACAGCCAUGCGGGUAAAAUCGAACACGACGAGGCUGUGCGCGCCAGCCACGAGCUGAGAAAUUUCUGGCAAAAGCACGUUGCAGGUCGCGAGCAGAAACUGGGCGCAUUUGUCGGAGUAUUGAGAGAACUCCAGCCGGCAAUAGAUGGAGAGGAUGAAGCUCUGGCAUGGUAUCGUGAUGUCGCGAGAGUCGUCAUAACGAGCACUUCUUUCAAGAAGAAUGCUGUAGAGGAUGCACAGGACUUUAUCGUGCAGCUCAUGGUUCAUGAUGAGGAAGAGCAGAGCGAAAAGCAGGGCUCUUCGGAUUGGAUUUGCCGCGACUUACUCAGGAUUUACCUCGAGCGUACGAGAGCUGUGGGCGAGGAGGACAGGUUUGUCGCCGAGGACAACAUGCAGGUGGUUCAGCAGGUGGAACACUGUCUGUGCCAAUAUGGCAGGAAGAUGGCCAGGCAGCUCUUCCACCUCCUCGAUGACCUGGUCGUGCGUGCUGAUACUCGCCUCCAAGGAUUGACACUACUCAGCUCAUUCCUGCGCAAUCAGACACCGCAUCUUUACACAGUCGUUCACACUCCUUUGGUCGACAGCUUGCUGAAGUGCUUGAUGAACGACACUUCCACCACCAUUCUCUCCGUCGCGCUCACCUCGCUGAUCAUGCUGCUGCCUCACAUUCCAGGCUCCCUUACGCCACGACUGCCACGACUGUUCCUCAUUUACAGCCGACUACUCUGCUGGGAGCGUUUCUCGGCCUUGAGCUCACUCUCCGAGAAGAACCUGGUUACGGACGAUCGCUACCCGGCUAACGAUGAAAGAGACAACGGCGAUGUUGGACUCGAUUUAAGCUGGGAAAAGGCCCGUCCACAAGAUGCAGUGGUAGAAGCUACAACGCCACAGUUGAUGACCUACUAUACCUACCUUUACGGACUAUACCCACUCAACUUCAUGGACUACAUCCGCAAGCCGAGAAGAUAUCUGAAAAUCGCCAACUUCCCCUCAGCAGACGAUUUCGAUUUGGACCGCGCGGUCAUUCGCAGCCGAAGCGACCAAUUUCGCCAAGCACACUUGCUGCAUCCUAAUUUUCUCAACAUGACCAUCGAUGAUGAGAAGAAUGAUCCCAAGUGGCCCAAAAUGGAUCCAGCCGACGUUGUCGCCGACUGCCACAGUCUGUGUGUCAAUGCACAUCCCCCAAUAGUGAGCCCUGGUCCACCGCCGACCGGAAGACUUCCUCCAUUGCCACCUACACCUUUCAAUCACAAUGGCACGUUGUCGCCGACCAACAGUCAUGCGAGCUUGCGAUCCGGCACUCGCAGCAGCUGGCGCGAAGGCAGUUCUGUACGCGUCUCGAGCACCACGUUUGAUCCUGAGAGUCCCAUCCUUGCACCGGAAGAUGGCAGCGAGCACAUCCGUUCACGGAGCAAAAGUAGCAGGGAAAGGUCGAUAUCCGACCUUCGCGCCGAGUUUCCAAUGCCGGGUGCCCAUGCAGGGUCGCGCAAGUCCGCCAAGGAGGUCGCGGACCAGCCACAGACCAAUGUCGCAUACUUACAACGCGAGGUGACACUCCUGCGGAAUGAUCUCAAUUUUGAGCGCUGGCACAAAUCGCAAUACUCACAGCACAUUGCACAGCUGAUGCGGAAAGCUGUCAAAGAUGCGACGGCCGAGGCUGAGACCCUAAAUCUCAUCAACGCCAACCGAGCGCUGAAACAACAGCUGGAGCAAGUACGCAGUGCUCGAGAAGCCACGAUAAAGGAUGCCAAUCUGACGCGGAAGCAAGCGAACAAUCUGGAGCACAAUUUAACUGAACGAUUCCAGAAGAUGAAAAGAGAGCAAGAAGUGUGGGCGGCCGACAUGGAGGAGCUGCGCAGGCUUCGUGUCGAGAUGAAGCACUAUCGUGAUCUCCUCUCUGCCUCCGAAGCUCGCGAGCUCAAUAAGUCGCAUCAACUGGAGAUGAUGCAGCGCGAUAUUGAUUCCAUGGACGACCUGCAGAAUCAGCUCAAGGAAGCGCGGCACAAGAUUCGCGAAUUUGAAUAUCGUGAGUUCGAAAUGCUUCAGACCCAGCGAGAGGCGAAGUUCCUUUCGAACGAGAAUGCGACCUUGCAGGCGAAGCUACAACGCUUCGACGAUGACCGUGAUCUUUCUAGCCAGUGUGACAACGAUAAGUCAUCGGCGCGGGACAGUCUGAUGCCUUAUCAACGCUCUCUCGCCGCCUCAUCGAAUUCCGUGGAGAGCUCACCUGCUGUGCUCGCAAUGUCUCAAGCAUUGGCUGAUGCUCAGGGAAAACUCGCGACCUUGAAGAAGAUUCAUUCACGCCUUAUGGAGAAGAAUGCUGAUCUGGAACUGGAGAUGGCGAGUCUUCAGGGUCAAUCUCUCGCAAGUCGUGCCAACAGCCUUAUUUCGGCUGGUGACGUUGGGAGUAUGAUGAGCGGCGCAUUGCCGGGCAGACCAGGCAUUCUGGAAAGUAUCUACUCUGUCGCUGGCGAGCACGAGAAUGAGUACAGAAACGCUAGUGAUCCGACUUCACAACGAUAUCAAGACCCUGCACCACCGAUAUCCAGUGUCAAAAGCGAUCCGUCGAUGAAAAGCUCAAGUCGAAAGCCGAUGAAUGGAUCCAGCAUGCGUUCCAAUGCGAACAUGGUCUUUAACAAGACGAAGCCGCUCCAUCCAGACGAGAGAAGUCUGACUGGGGGGAGUGAAAGUAGCUCGAUGAGGGGAAAGAUCAAACCCGAUAGUGAAKUGAGGGUAUUUGGUAGAGGUGGUGCGCAAAACGUCAAGCUCAAGCCAGUCACAGAAAAAGACAAGGGAGCUGUGAAAGAAAAGGACAAGUCAGAGUCUAAGAAGGGUUUGUCUUCGCGUCUCAAGGGCCUGGGAUUCCCGGGAUGA